CACCUACUCACAUCCCCAUUCUGCGCCCGUACAUCCUUGUACAAAGUAGAUGUGCAUUGACUCGAAAUGAGUUCACCUCUGCGCUCCAACAUGUCGUCUGCAAACCGCGGGGCAGGUCCCAGCAGGAGCAACAAUAAACGUGCUCGUGAUGAUGGCCUCUCAUCACCAGGAGCUCUGCCUCCGUCGAGUCCCAUGGCCUCCUCACCGCCCAUGCUACCCCAAGACGAUGACGCAGACUUGCUUGACGACGACGAUAUCAUCCGCGAUGUUGAUGACCUGGACGAGGAAGCCGAGGAAGCCGAGGGUAUUGAUCUGUUCGCAGACGACUUCGAAAACGACUACACCAGGCGCGAGAAUGACGCAUACGAGGGCGACGGUAUCGACGAUGAAGGCGAAUAUGACGAACUUACACUUGAUCAGAGGCGAGAGCUUGAAAGACGCCUCAACGCUCGUGACAGGGAGGCCAGGCGUCGCAUGCCAGCUGCUUUCUUGCCGGAUGAUGACGAUCAAGAUGGUCUGGCUGAUCUCAUGGGCCAGGGCCGCCGCCGUGUACGGAGACAUCGCUACGACGAAGACCAGGAAGACAUGGAUAUGGGCGACGAUAUCAUGAACGAGGAGCUCACCCUGGAAGCUCUGACUGAUGUAAAAGCCAACAACUUGACGGAUUGGGUAGCCCAACCCCAAGUCGCCCGUACUAUUGCCCGCGAGUUCAAGUCGUUCUUGACUGAAUACACAGACGAGAACGGAACAUCGGUCUACGGUACACGCAUUCGAACCCUUGGUGAGGUUAACGCCGAGUCGCUGGAGGUAUCGUUCGAUCAUCUGGCCGAGUCCAAGGCUACAUUGGCAUACUGGCUGGCGAAUACACCGACCGAAAUGCUUAAGAUCUUUGACCAGGUCUCGAUGGAAGUUGUACUUCUACACUACCCUGACUACGAGCGCAUCCACAACGAGAUCCACGUGCGCAUCACAGACGUACCUGUCCAGUACACCCUGCGCCAGCUUCGUCAGUCCCACCUGAACAGUUUGGUCCGUGUCAGUGGUGUCGUCACUCGCCGUAGUGGCGUCUUUCCCCAACUAAAGUACGUCAAAUUCGACUGCACUAAGUGCGGCACUACGCUUGGUCCUUUCCACCAAGAUUCGAACGUCGAAGUCAAGAUCUCCUUCUGCCAGAGCUGCCAGUCGCGUGGUCCCUUCACAGUCAACUCGGAGCGCACAGUAUAUCGCAAUUACCAGAAGCUCACAUUACAGGAAUCGCCAGGCACUGUUCCUGCCGGUCGUCUGCCCCGUCACCGCGAGGUCAUCCUUCUCUGGGAUCUGAUUGACUCAGCAAAGCCUGGAGAGGAGAUCGAGGUCACUGGUAUCUAUCGCAACAACUACGAUGCUGCCCUGAACAACAAGAACGGCUUUCCUGUCUUUGCGACAAUCUUGGAGGCAAACUACGUCGUAAAGUCCCACGACCAGCUGGCUGGCUUCCGACUCACCGAUGAGGACGAGCGCGAGAUUCGACGACUAGCUAAGGACCCUAAGAUCGUGGACAAGAUCAUCGACUCCAUUGCACCUAGCAUUUACGGUCACACUGACAUCAAGACUGCGGUUGCGUUGUCGCUAUUUGGUGGUGUCAGCAAAGAGGCUGCUGGGCGUCACUCCAUCCGUGGUGACAUAAAUGUUCUCCUUCUCGGAGACCCAGGUACCGCCAAAUCACAGGUAUUGAAGUACGUCGAGAAGACUGCUCACCGCGCCGUGUUCGCUACUGGUCAGGGAGCCUCUGCUGUCGGUUUGACGGCUUCUGUUCGUCGCGAUCCUAUGACCAGCGAAUGGACCUUGGAAGGAGGUGCCUUAGUGCUUGCUGACAAGGGAACUUGCCUCAUCGACGAGUUUGACAAGAUGAACGACCAAGACCGAACGUCUAUCCACGAAGCCAUGGAACAACAGACCAUCUCUAUCUCCAAGGCUGGUAUUGUCACAACACUCCAGGCUCGUUGCGCUAUUGUCGCAGCCGCCAAUCCUAUUGGCGGUCGCUACAACUCCACCAUACCUUUCUCGCAGAAUGUUGAGCUGACCGAGCCCAUUCUGUCGCGUUUCGAUAUUCUUUGCGUUGUCCGCGACACAGUCGAUCCCAAGGAAGAUGAGCGUCUCGCCAAAUUCGUCGUCAACUCCCACGGCCGAGCCCAUCCCCUCGUCAACUCUGCCUACGGCUACUCAGACAAGGCCAAAGCCACACAGGACGGUGAGAAUGGCGAAGGGAUGGAAGUAGAUGAUAUGGAGACAGCACGCAAGGAGAGCGAGAUUCCUCAAGAGUUGCUGAGGAAGUACAUCCUCUACGCUCGCGAGAAGUGCAGGCCCAAGCUCUACCAGAUCGACCAGGACAAGGUCGCUCGUCUCUUUGCCGACAUGCGCCGUGAAUCGAUGGCGACUGGCGCGUACCCUAUCACCGUCCGUCAUCUGGAAGCUAUCCUCCGUAUCGCAGAAGCGUUCUGCAAGAUGCGUCUGUCAGACUACUGCUCAUCACAGGAUAUUGACCGCGCCAUUGCCGUUACCGUCGAUUCAUUCGUCGGCUCGCAAAAGGUUAGCGCGAAGAAGGCUUUGGCGAGGUCGUUUGCCAAGUACACAUUGAACAGGCCUGGUGCCGUCCGCGCGCCUACAAGGGCUGGUCGCAAUGCUCAGCGAGUGGCUGCGUAGAAUACCGAUGCUGGGGUCGAGUCGAGUAUUAUGGUGCUGGUUGAAUAGUGCGAUGUGAACGAGGGGAUGCCUUGAUGACGCGCAUUAUUGAAGCAGACGCGCGCUUCUGGCGUUUGGAGUUUGUUCAUGUUUAGAUAUACCAGUCUCGAGUUUCAGUUCCAAACAAGAUGCUUCACUG